AUGAUUGCUGGAGCAUUCAUGAGCGGUGGUUUAAUGUUCAACACAAAGCUUAAGCAGGAUAUACUGAUUAUUGGACUCGGAGGAGGCGUUAUCAACAAUUACUUUACUCAAAUGAAGAAUCAAACGUUAAACGUCACUGUUGUGGACAUCGAUCCGGUGAUGCAAAAAAUAGCAGAAAAGUGGUUUGGCUGCGAAGAAUCGCCUUUGCAUCGUGUGAUUAUAGAUGAUGGAGUGAGGUAUAUUCACGAUGCAGCUCGAAGAGGAGAAAAAUAUGAUAUCAUCAUCGUUGAUUUAUGCUAUAAUAUACGUCUACCUCUAUUGUGUCCUAUCUAUGAAUUCGUAGAAGACGAUUUAAUCGCUUCAAUGAGGGCUAUAACUGCAAACACAGGUACUGUGAUCGUAGACAUCAUAACCAUGAAGAAACACAGGGAUGAAGCAGAUAAGUCUUUUAAAGGAACUGUGAUUGUGAACAUUGUCACCAUGAAGAAGAAGAGAAAUGAAGCCGAUAAGGUGCUACCUGUCUACGCUCGUCAUUUUCCUUCAUGUUAUUUCAUAGUUCAUUCUGACAAUGACAAGAUGUUGUUCUGUUCCGCCAAAGAAAAUAACGCAUAUUACAACAACAGAAAUCUCCACAAACGUUUCGUUGCUGUGGACAAAGCCCUAGGAUUUCAACUGUUUUUGAAAGAACAAUGUGCAAAUUAUCCUUUGGAAUAA